AUGAACGGUUUCCUCGUCUAUUUAGCAACUUUGCAAGCAGCACUGUUUGUCGCUUAUUCGCAAUCCGACUUCAGCUCUCAGUUCGGUAAGCCGUGUUCGUCGUCAUAUCAGUGCUGGAGGACGGAGCCGAUCUUGGACGACGGGUUGCCCAUCUCUAUUGCAGCGCCGGGACGAACGAAGCGGCUCGAAAUAGCUUCAAAAUCUCGGGGAGCACGCUGUCGUUGCACGGAGAACGUAUGCCGCAUGUUCCAUCUUCCUACAGGAAUAUUUCUUCCAUGCGAAGAGUUCUAA